CAAUUACUUGGUCGGAAGGAAUACAGUUUAAUUAUCCUAUUUCUCGUCCAAUACUCAACCUCCAAAAUUGCAUAAAUACAUACAGAAUAUAGAUACAGAAUUAAUAAGCAAAUAUAACCCUAAGAUCUUUACACUUUUUGUUAACUCUUGAUCAUCAUCAUCAAGGUGAAAUUGCAACCUUAUUUUUGACUACAUAUUCCAUUUUGUCGUUUAUUGUUUGAUCAUAAGUCAAUCCGACUCUGGAGCUCCUAAAACUCUGAAGAGUAUCUGUAAAUACUUUAAAGACGAAGAAGUAGGUAGUUUAAGUGACAAGCGGUCUUAAUUCAGAUAAAAUCUCUCAACUCCUUGACAAAACACGAGCACAUAUGCAAUCAGAAGAAAUUUGAUAUGAAGAACAACAACAAUAUGGUGGCAGAUAAGACUCGAGCCCUGCCAGUUGACCCGAAUCUUCCACGGUGGGUCUGCCAGAAUUGCCGUAACAGUCUCUCCAUCACCGGUGUUGAUGAUAAAUUUUUCAAUGACUCCACGUACCGAUCUGGGAUGCAGGGUUCUUCAAUGCAUGGGGCAGGCAGUGUGUUAGGAACUCGCAUGGACCAGUCAUUCGUUGUAUUGCCAAAACAAAGGAACCAUUCAUCUGGUGGUCCUCCUCGACCACGUGUUAAUCCUGAUGCAAGUCAGUCUGGAAAGGCUAUGGAAGAAUCAUUUGUAGUAUUGCCUCCACCUGCUGCUUCUGUGUACAAGUCUGACCCUACAGCAGAUGGAAGUGGGACCCAUGUACCAUCACAUGAGGGUGGAUCUAAUACUGCUCCGCCACAUUCAAAUCAUUCAGGGUUUCACUCUACAAUUACUGUCUUAAAGCGUGCAUUCGAGAUUGCCACAACCCAAACGCAGGUUGAGCAACCAUUAUGCCUGGAGUGCAUGAGGGUGUUAUCUGAUAAGCUUGAUAAGGAGGUUGAAGAUGUGAAUAGCGACAUUAAGGCAUAUGAAGCUUGCCUUCAGCGCUUGGAGGGAGAGCCACGAAAUGUGCUUAGCGAGGCUGACUUUUUGAGGGAAAAGCUAAAGAUUGAAGAAGAAGAACGUAAACUUGAAGCAGCAAUCCAAGAAACUGAAAAACAGUGCAGUGUAGUUACCGGCGAAUUGAAGGAACUUGAGCUUAAAUCGAAUCGUUUUAAGGAGUUGGAGGAACGGUAUUGGCACGAGUUCAAUAAUUUCCAGUUUCAGUUAAUAUCCCAUCAGGAAGAGAGAGACGCAAUAUUGGCCAAAAUCGAAGUUUCACAAGCGCAUUUGGAACUCCUGAAGAGAACGAAUGUUCUCAAUGAUGCAUUCCCGAUUGGGUAUGAUGGGGAAUUCGGAACAAUCAACAAUUUCAGAUUGGGAAGGCUCCCUAAUAUUCAGGUUGAAUGGGAUGAGAUAAAUGCUGCAUGGGGUCAAGCUUGCCUUCUGCUUCAGACAAUGGCUCAAUAUUUCAGACCAAAGUUUCAAUGCCGAAUAAAAAUUCUUCCUAUGGGAAGUUAUCCUAAAAUAAUGGACAGCAGUAACAAUACCUAUGAGUUGUUUGGUCCAGUGAAUUUGUUUUGGAGCACCCGGUAUGACAAGGCAAUGGCAUUGUUCUUGACAUGUCUGAAGGACUUCGCGGAAUUUGCAAAUUCCAAGGAUAAAGAAAACAAUAUACCACCUGAAAAGUGUUUCAAGCUUCCGUACAAGAUCGUUGACCACCAUGUGGAAAGCUAUUCUAUCACACAGAGCUUUAACAAACAGGAAAACUGGACCAAAGCUCUCAAGUAUACCCUUUGCAAUUUGAAGUGGGCACUUUACUGGUUUGUUGGUAACACCAAUUUCCAGCCGCUGGCUGCAACUGUCGCCUCACAUUCUGCUGAUGCCCCUGCUUCGUCUGCUUCCCUGUACAGAAAGCGUGCAUCCGAUCCUAAGUUCCAGCAGUCCCAACUCCGCCCAAAAUCAUAGAGUAUUUGUCGAUAUAGCAUUUGUAAAAAUCAUAGAAUCUGAAAAGAAUGAAGUAUUUGACAGAUAUGUAUAGCGAGUUCAACAAUUGCACUGGGAAAUGACGAGAUUUGGGAAUUCUUGUGGCUUUGUAUUCUGUUAUCUAUGUCAGCAUGUCUCAGUUAUAGACUUCUUGUUCAGCACAUCUCUUCUUCAUUACAUAUGAUCAAAUAAAGAGUGAUGGAUUUAACUUGGUUA